CAGCUCCCUCCCUCGCCCUUUGCCCUUCUGACGGAAAUCCCUGCGUCCGUACGAGUACUCACGGACCGUGCUUGGUUGCCUGCAGGCGGCGGCAGAAACAAUGCAUCUACAUUCCAAUUCGGGCUGCGCUCCAAUGCCUGGUCCCUCCAGACUGCCCAGUGCCCACCAACCCCUGCAUUCCCUUGGGAGAGCAGAGCAAUAUCUCCCAUCGCGACCUGACUAACCUGGUUACAUGACGGAUGCCACCGACUUGCAUACUGGCCGCUGAGAAAGCUACACCGCAGGGAUUUUGCGGCGACUGGUCUGUCCUUGACCUGAUAGAGCCAAGCUCCUAAGCCUAUCUAUCCUUCAGCACAUGCUCGACCAUGAUCGAUUCACUGGAUCAUUUGCCCGCCCGGUCUGGCCGAGCUUUGAUGAGUCGGUGAUGUGAUGUCCCACCAUCCAUGAUCCGGUUGUCCCUUUGCCUUAAAAAACCAGGCGGGCCAGCCCACUUUCUAUUUCUCGCGUUCUCAGUCUCCGGCCGUGUUUUUCUCUCUUUUUCUCCCUCUGUUGCUGUCUUGCACAGUCUAAACAUCAGUUCUGCUCAUCGCAAUGGCUACGAUUCGCAUUGCUGACGACGUUCAUCCCAAAAAUGAGGUCCAGGGAAAAGAAGGGCGGCCCGCCGAUUCGACCUCGAUCUACACCCACGAUGAUGGGAUCUACAACAUGCGCUCGAGGCGAUCUUCCCAUGACCUGAGUCUCUACCGCUCAAGGUCGCUGCAACAAGAUGAAGACCCCGGGCUGCAAAAAGAAGGCGACUUCAAGGAGAAGCAGGUCUUCAGUGGCAAGAUGCUCCUCUGGCUCGCCUAUCAGUCGAUUGGAGUCAUUUACGGAGACAUCGGUACCAGUCCUCUCUACGUCUACUCGUCGACCUUCACCUCUGCGCCGUCAAACGAGGACCUCAUUGGCGUCUUGUCUCUAAUCCUCUGGUCACUUAUCAUGAUGGUCACCGUCAAAUACAUUAUCAUCAUUCUGCAUGCGGAUAACGAGGGCGAGGGGGGGACGUUCAGCACGUACUCCCUCCUCAGUCGCUAUAUGAACAUUACGAAUCGCGACCCAAGAGAAGCCUCUCUGAUUAGGAUAAAGAGGCAUGCCUCGGGCGACCUCGAAAGCGCUGGGCGUGUCAUGCGCAAGGGCUUCGAAACAAGUCGCUUAGCACGCGGCAUCCUGAAGACCAUGGGCGUUUUGGCUGUUUCUAUGGUCCUCUCCGAUGGCGUACUCACGCCCGCCCAGUCCGUUCUCGGCGCUGUUCAAGGGGCUCGGGUGGUCAAUCCUAGCAUCUCGAAAGGUGCCAUUAUCGGAAUUACUGACGCUAUUCUUGUCCUCCUCUUCCUCAUUCAACCUUUUGGCAUCACCAAGAUUACAUUCGCCUUUUCUCCUAUCGUUAUUAUCUGGCUUGGUUUCAAUGCCGUCUUCGGAAUUUACAACCUAGUUAAUUAUGACGCCUCUGUCUUUCGGGCUUUCAACCCUGGAUAUGCCUUCGAAUUUCUGAUCCAUCACGGCGAACAUGGAUGGAGAAUGCUGGGUGGUGUUUUGCUGGCCUUCACGGGGGUCGAGGCGCUGUUUGCGGACUUGGGAGCAUUUAGCCGCAGAGCGAUCCAGCUCAGCUGGCUAUGCUAUACGUUCCCAUGUCUCCUUUUGGCGUAUAUCGGCCAAGCCGCCUAUAUAAGCGUCCAUCCGGAAGCAUACUCGAAUCCAUUCUUCGAGGCUGCACCUCCAGGCACCAUCUAUCCCUCCCUCAUUAUCGCCAUUCUGGCGGCAAUUGUAGCUUCACAAGCUAUUAUCACAGCCACGUUCCAGCUUCUCCACCAAGUCAUGAAAUUGUCAUAUUUUCCGCAACUUACGGUGAAACAUACCUCAAAGAUCUUCCAUGGCCAGCUUUACAUCCCCCUCGCCAAUUGGCUUCUCAUGAUUGGCACAAUCCUUGUGGCCUCAAUUUACAACAACACGACCUCGUUAGGAAAUGCUUAUGGCGUUUGCGUCAUGUUCGUCACAUUCUUCGACACGUGCAUGGUCUCGUUGACAGCCAUUUUUGUGUGGCGUUUCAGUCCAUAUCUCGUUUUUCUCCCUUGGCUUACGAUCGCUUGCAUGGACGGCACCUUUCUUUCUUCAGCCCUUACGAAAGUGCCGGAUGGAGCCUGGUUUACUCUUACGCUAGCAUUUGUUUUGGGCAUGGUGUUUAUGCUCUGGCGCUUCGGAAAGGAGCAGCAGUGGUUUGCUGAGGCUGGCGAUCGGUUCCCGACCUCUCAUUUCAUAAAGAAAGGGCCUGAUGGUCUACAUCUAACCGAAAGAUUCCAUGGUACGGCCCUGAGCACCAUCAACGGAUUUGGCAUCUUCUUCGACAAGGGUGGUGAGACGACUCCAAUCGUCUUCAGCCAAUUUGCUAUCAAACUCACCGCGAUGCCUGAGGUGUCGGUAUUUUUCCACCUCCGCCCGUUGGAGACGCCUUCCGUGCCACCAUCUGAGCGGCACACUGUCUCGAGACUGGCUAUCCCGCACUGCUACCGUUUGGUGGUGAGAUAUGGCUAUAACGACGAAGUUAUCACGCCCGACCUUGCCUUUGUCAUCUAUGAGCAGAUCCGAGCAUACAUACUUUCCGAACACAAAUCAAAACCGCAAAGCAACGACAAUUCUGUGCUCGUGGGUGACGAAUGCGCUAUUGAAGAUGUCACCACAACAGGCAGCGAGAACAGCACGGGCACGGGCGCCGAAACCGACGACAAAUUCCAAUUCCCACAAAAGGCCCACCUAGGCCACCAGAACCCCGACCUGGAAAAGCGGACGGAAGCCCUUGCGCGUCUGGACCGCGCAUUCGGGUACAAGGUAAUGUACAUUAUGGGCAAGGAGCAGUUGACCAUCAAACACGGCACGAAUUACGCCAGAAGGACAAUCUUGGCGCUGUUUCUGUGGAUGAAGGACAACACAAGGACCAAGAUGUCCAAUCUCGCCGUGCCGACGGAGAAGCUUAUUGAAGUGGGCUUUUUGAAGGAGAUGUAGAGGCGAGUAUUCGGCGAAAUGAAAAGAAGAGGAAGGAGAAAAGGAGUUUUUGGAGCGCUCACUCCGGAAACGGGGACGAUCUGGCCCCCGACCCAAUCUUCGCAUUCAUAUCAACGAGGACAAAUCCAAGAGGAAAGGCGAAGAGGAUACUAAGGGGAAUGGGAACAAAUAAAAGUUUGAGAUACAUGGAUUUGUUGGAUUGGGAUGCGACGAGAGACGACAACCGUUUAGGCUUCACGAAUCUCCUUCGUUUUACUUGGGUCAUUGUUGAUCUUCUGGUCUUUCCGACCCACGAGAUGGACAUAGACCCAGCCAGAGCCGGCAGAUGGGAACGGGUCGGACAGCACUCACGACUGACGAACGAGAGACACUUUUGGGCGCCGCAGGACAGCUGCGGCGAUGAAAAAAAUCCCAGCCAAAUGAAUCCAGCGCCUCCAGAUAUUGCGCAGUCAGGAGACGAGCGGGCAGGAACUCGGCGAUUUGCUAAUGUAUGUAUGUAUGUACGUCUUCAUGACACGCCGGCAUCUCGAACAAUGGGGCAUAUCGAUGCACGGUUCCA